AUGGACGAUCUUUCAUUCCCAUGGGCACCUUUCGCAAAGGAAGAAUAUGUCGACAUGGAAGCAUACAAGUACACUCCAAUCUCACCUCAAGACGAAAUCCGCUGCCUCAUAUUAGAGCCCGGACAGGAUGAGGACCCGCUCACCGGCAGCAUCAAGACCUACAAGCUUACAGAAGCGCCUGAGUACGAAGCAAUCUCGUACGCCUGGGGGUUGCCACUUUUCCGAAGCGAGAUAGUAUGUGAUGGACGCCAGAUUUCCAUCACGAGGACUCUUCGCGACUCCCUGAGGCAAUGCAGGUUGCCGAACGAGCAGCGCGUGCUCUGGGCCGACUCGAUCUGCAUCAAUCAGGACGACAAGCAUGAGAAAUCACAUCAGGUUCGAUUGAUGGCUGGUGUAUACUCUCAAGCCACGCAAGUUCUGAUAUGCCUUGGUCCGGAUGACGACGAUCACGCGGAACGGGCUUUCUCCUUCAUCCGUGAUGUGAAUCGUGUGAUUGAGGACCAGCUGAGAUCGUGUCACGGCUGGGAUUCUUUCCCAGAAGUCCCAUUGACGCACCCUCUGCUCCAUGAUACGAGAUGGGAGUCAUUCAGUGCCUUUACUAAGAAAGCUUGGUUCUAUCGUGGCUGGGUCAUUCAGGAAGCGACACUCGCUCCUAAGGCCCAAGUUAUCUAUGGAAGGCUUAAUUGCGAUUGGUCACAUGUUCUACGCAUAUUUACAUGGAAGGUGAGGCGCAUCGAGAGCGCAUUCGAAAAGUACAAUCCAAACAGCCUAGUUCUUCACAUUGAUAGCUACCAGUCCCGGUUCAAGUCCGAGGCCAUCAAAUUUUUCCCUGAACAUAACUUCAGGCUAUACUCUCUACCCGACAUACUGCACUGCGCUAAAACCCUUGCAUUCACCGAUCCGAGAGAUCGCAUAUAUGCUUUCAUGGGUCUGCCAAUAGCAAAAUACUACAGAAACGGCCUGGAAAUCAGUUAUGAGGCAACAAUGCUCGAGACUUACCAUUCCUUUGCUCGCUUCUGCGUCGAUCAAAUUCGAGAUCUUGAGCUUUUGCACUUUGUUGAGCACGACGGAAACACUGUAUUUUCGGCAUUCCCCUCCUGGGUCCCACAGUGGCAGACAAAUAUAUAUCGCAUACUCCUCACAAGAUCAUGGUGUGCGCCCAUCGCCCCGGAAAGAAUGCCUGUCACUACUCCUGUCGCGAAAAGGGGUAAAUAUGGGGUCGGAUAUCUCAAUUUGAAAGGCAUGCUUAUCGAUUCAGUGGCUUUUGCGUCAGGUUGCCUCAAUGAACCCUGCAGUGUGGCCGACCUUGCGAAAGUCUGGGCGAAAUUUCAGGAAUACGAGCAUCGACAUAGCUUGUCAGUACAUGCAAAAUACCCGCCCGUCUCAGCUUUCCUGGAAGCUAUUACCUGUGGCAGAAGCGGGGCUCACAGGAAUAGCAAUUACGAGGAAGCGAUUGCUAUUGAAUCAAUGUACAUUCAGCAUUUAGAAGGGCAGCUUCCUGUAGAGCAUGGUCCAAGAGAUGCUAUCGCCGCAGCCAAUUCUGUGAGCUUAAAAGAAGACGAACGACUGCAAUUGAUGCACAGCAUAGUCGUAGAUCACAUCCACAAUCACAAGAUCACUAUUACGCAACGUGGAUUCUAUUGUCUGGCUCCUGGCGUGGCAGAAGAGGGCGACUUAUGCUAUAUCUUAUAUGGUACCAAGACGCCAUUCGUGCUGCGCAAGUCAGAGGCCACGGGGCUAUACCAGCUGCUGGGGGAGGCUUUCAUGGUUUUCUCCCCCAUCCAGAUUGGUUAG